UCUAAUAAUGGCUGCGGGAACUGUUGAUUUUGCUCAAUUAUUAGUUGGGAUGAUGAGCUCUGAGAAUGAAAUAAGAGGUUUGUUACUUUUGUUGAGGCUUCACGGGAUACUUUUGGAACAGUCUCCAUUUUCUGUUUUUAUUAGACGGGCGCUAUAUUUAUUGUUAGCCACGUAGCUAGCUGGAGAGCUCAUGUCAGCUAGUUUAGACAAUUAUGAAAGUCGCCGAGAAGGAAUAUGAAAAGAUAGCGCUCAAGGACAAAGGACCACUUCUUUUUGGCCAUUAUUCAAAUGUGAAUUACGACAUUGAGUCUCGUUCUAUGGCUCUUGUGCUUCUACGCCGUCUUGUUGCUUCCUCUUAUGAGGAAUUUUUUCGUGAUUCACAAAUCCAGAAGGACCAUUUUCACUCUGAAUUUAUUCGUUAUCUUAGUGCAGAACAACAACCAGUUUUAAAAAAACGUUUAACCGAUAUUUUGGCAGAACUGGCGAGAAAUACGAUUGACGAAAAUACAGGAAAACAAUGUUGGACAGGCGUAAUGCAAUUUCUUGAAUUAUGUGCUACUUCGGAAGAUCCAUCGUUCCGUGAGACUGGAAUGUCUUUGAUUGAGAAUGUUCCAAACAUUUUUGGCUCUGACUCUAUCAAAUAUAUUAAUGACAUAAAGGUUUCUCUAUAA